AUGGUUAUGGAUACGUCAAACAUUCCCAACUUGGGGGUGGAGACGCAACCUGUCGGGACACGCAACGGGGCGGACUAUCUUAAAAAAAGAAUAUCCACCUCUACUUCGAGAGCGAUGGCGGAGGACGGUGCUUGGCAGAUUCGGUGUAUCGCAGGGGCGCUUUCUAACUCAAGGGGUGCCUUUCCGGAGAAUUUAACCUACGAAAUAAACGGUGGCGUGCUCAUAUGGAUCGCCCGUGGUUACCAGUCCGAGCUAAAAGUCAGGUGCAAGAACGCCCUGGAAGUUGUGGACGGUUUCUACUACGCGGAAUACUUCCUAGAUACCAGUAAAAUACUCGACGAGCAUGGCGAAUUCCAAGCGUCGCUGACAGUUGAGGCGAGCGAGCCGGAGUACGAACCGAAGGCUAUGGUGUCACAGCAAACCAUCGUAGAAACGGUCAUGCGCAUGAAAAGACAGAGGCAAAUGAGAGCAAAGCUCAAGGAAAGCGAGGAAGGUACGCCGGAAACUCAGAACGGCGAUGCCACGGCUGAUGAAAACCACCCCGAUGCUUUUGAAGCCUCCAGCGCGGAUCCAUCAAGCGGACAGAAUACAACACAGCCAGCGGAGGAACAGGAGUCGAAAACAGCGUGCCCGGCAUCUGUGUGUGUGAGGGUUAUGAAUAACACGCGUAACGUGUAUGGUAAAACUGUGGAGAACCUGUCGGCUGCGCCGAAGAAGGAGGCGGCAAGGUUCAUCAAAUCUAACUCCGCUUCGCCGCGAACACGCUCCGACGUAUUCAACACAGCGGUGAUAAAACGGGACGUGAGGCUUGUGGAUGUAAGCUCAGCGCAUAACAAGCGCAAAAAGCACACCAGGAUGCUGGAGAAUCCUACCAGCAGCAAACCGAUUUUCGAACUAGCGGAAACGGAAGGCCAGUCUGGCGACCCUACACAUCUUGUAAGCACCCUUGGAGUAGCGGAAGCCAGCAGGAAAACCGCUCUUUUGCAGAACUGUUUGGUGUCUAUCGCAAAAAACGAGUGUGUUGGGGAGACCUUCGUCAAGGUCAAUAAAAUCGCGUAUUGA